GGUGCCGCAGCCGAGCUCCGGGUCCGGACAGUGCCGCGGGCUCUCUGCCGGCACCAUGGGCCGGGACGGGCCGUGGCUCAACCUGUCCGGCAGCGCCUGUGCGGCUGGCGGACCCUUCCCCGCCGGCACCGCCGCGCUGCUGGCCGCGCUUAUGGGACUGCUGGUGCUGACCACGGUGCUGGGCAAUGCCCUGGUCAUUCUGGCCUUCGUGGUGGACCGCAGCCUCCGCACGCAGGGAAACUUCUUCUUCCUGAACCUGGCCGUCGCCGACCUGCUGGUGGGCGGCUUCUGCAUCCCCCUCUACAUCCCCUACGUGCUGACGGGCGAGUGGAGGCUCGGCAGGGGCUUGUGUAAGCUGUGGCUGGUGGUGGACUACCUGGUGUGCACCGCCUCCGUCUUCAACAUCGUCCUGAUCAGCUUCGACAGGUUCAUCUGUGUCACCAGAGCGGUCAGCUACAGGGCUCAGCAAGGGAUGACCAGAAAUGCAGUACUGAAGAUGAUGACUGUAUGGAUUGCUGCUUUUCUCCUCUACGGGCCAGCCAUCCUCAGUUGGGAGCACAUUGCCCAAAAGAGCAUCCUCCCUGAAGGAGAAUGUCAUGCAGAAUUCUUCUACAACUGGUAUUUCCUAAUGAUUGCCUCUACUGUUGAAUUCUUUACACCUUUCAUCAGUGUUAUGUACUUUAACUUAAGUAUUUACCUUAACAUCAGGAAACGCACAUUGCUCCGAAAUGAGAACCUCUCACUGGGUCAAGAGGACUGUGAAAUGAAUUUCCAGGGGGAAAAAAGGGAACACUCUGUGUUUUUUGUAAAGCCAGCUAACAGAGACAAACAUGAGAAGAGAACAAGCAGCCUUCUUCCCCCAGGGAAGGCUCCAGGGCUUCAGGCCUCGGCCGAGCUUGGCAAUCAGCCAUCCACUGUGAGUGCCAGUCUUGACCUUCCACCCCUCCAGGUGGAUGUAAAGACCAGGCCUCCCAGGAAUGGCUUCUGCAAAGCAACAGAAAGCCUUGGCCAGCCCAGCAGCAAAGUGGACGUUGCUAACAUUAUGGCAAACAGAUUCAGACUUUCCAGGGACAAAAGAGUAGCAAAGUCUUUAGCAGUUAUUGUCUGUGUGUUUGGCUUGUGCUGGGCUCCAUACACACUCCUGAUGAUCAUCAGGGCAGCCUGCCAUGGGCACUGUGUGCACUACUCCCUCUAUGAGAUCUCAUUCUGGCUCCUGUGGGUGAACUCAGCCAUUAACCCUGUUCUCUACCCACUGUGCCACAUGAGCUUUAGGAAAGCCUUCAUAAAACUCCUGUGUCCACGAAAAGCCAAAAUUCAUCCUGACAUUUUGAUGUAAAAAGUAGGAAGGCUGAAAAUUAGUACAUAUUUUAUUUGGUGGGAAUACCAGAAAGCAAGUAUUGCAAUACCUGCAAAUAUUUGUGGAAUACUGGUAAGUAGGCAGAAGUGUAGAUAUUUAUGAAUAUGUAGAAAUACAGUCAUCCAUGUAGCUGGGAAAAUCACAGCAAUGAAAAGAAAGGUCAUUUUUCAAAGCUCUUUGGGAAAUUACAGCAACACUGUAUUUUCUGGUAAUGCUGCACUAGUGUUGAAAACAAAAAAUAACUUUCAUGGCUAAUAAUUAGAGUUCAGGCUCUCACUUUUAAUAACUGUAAAUAUUGCUGGAAUUUCAUAAAACAUUAGUCUUAGAUCUGUCAUAUCUUAUCCCAAACCCACUUCAAGACAUCAAAAAUCUCAGUUGUUAAGUCUAGGAUGCUUUCCCUGCCUCCACUUAGUGGCAAGCCAGACAAGGCAUGACCAAAGAUAAAAAUACAGGAAAAGCAUGGGACAGGAGGCAGCACAACAAAGAAUGUUACCAGAGAAGCUGAGCAACUGUAGCAGGUAAGGGAGAACUGAUGUGAGGGAAAAGGUGAUGGAAAUAGAAGAGGUGGAAUAUUUAGUACAACAAAGUCCAGGAACAGAAGUAUAAAAGGGUUUUGAGCUUUUUAAUAGGAGAUACAAGAAUUGGUAACUUACACACUGGAAGAGUUUCACUAGGAGUUCCCUCCCUCAGCAGUGACUUCCUGCCCCCCACCAGGAUUCUGUAUGGGCAGCACCCCACCAGGAUUCUGUAUGGGCAGCAACCUACUGAGGUCAAAACUCCACUUCUUACAGGGCUGAGGGUAUUACUCUGUGCUUUGCUGUAAGGACAGAGUACACUAAAUAGUGCAUGAGAUCCAUGACAGAGCUUUAGGUAAACUUCCCUUCCAGUAAUUUUUUAAAACAUUUACAGCUGGACCUUUACUACUUCUGGCUAGAUUAAAAAAAAAAAAAAAACCACAACAAAACUUUCCCCUACCCCACCCACUGAAUCUUUCCAUCCAUCAAGUCAUUGGUGGUCAAGAAAGCACCACUUCAAGUCUUGAGAUAUCUCCCAGGUUAUGCAUCAUGAGUGGCAUGACUCCAAGUCUGUUACAAUUUACAGCCUUGCUACAGCCCAAGAGUCUCUGCCAUUGUGCCUGUGCCACAGGAGCAGCUCACACAACUAACUGAUUCUGAAUUUGGAGUAGAUUUGUCCCACAAGGUGUCACAUUGAGCAUCACUAAUCAGACACCUUUGUUCCACCAUCACCAACAUUUACUACAUAACAGAUGCUUUCCUUUGCUGACAGGUGAUAGUUACUGAACAGCUCUAAUUGUCCACUGCCAUAGUCAAAAUGCAUGGUAAUACAAUUAUCUUAAAGUUUACAGGCAGUAAAGUUAUUUUCUUUGUAAACUUUCAAUAAAACUAAUUAAGAGCUGUGGAAGAGUCCUAACUGUGUAGCCCUAACAAGUGGGAGAGGGUGAAAAAGCACCAGUCUACAACAUUUGGGUAACUGCAGUUGAAACUGCAAAACUGGUAUUUCAAAGACACUUCCUAAGUUACGAGGACUGACACUGAGGACUAAACAGACAUGGUUAGCAAAUACUGUAAACUAGGAGGGCAUAUCCCUACACUACGAACAUAUCCACAUGAACAUAAUCACCACAUUCUGCUAUGGAUGUGCUAUAACAAAACAGCUUAAUAGUUCUACUAUGAGGAACAGUUUCAACAGAUACAGAGCAACAUGAAGACUUUUGAAUCAGCAUCAGUUUUAAACCUGGGGAAGUAAAGCCUUUAAAUGCUCUCCCUAUUUAUUCCUCCUCCCUUCCAAGCCAGACUUAUUCAUCAGUAUAUUAAUGAUCUAAUUGUUGUCUACUCUGCAAUUGUUUCCUAGGAUUGUAUUUGCCUUUUUCAGAAAACAGGUAGCACUAAAUUACUAGACAAUCCCACCAAAAUCUCAUUUAAUAUCCAAUCAAGGCAGGACACAUUUUCAGAAAACAGUGGUCAUUCAAGGAGUAAUGCAAUGCAAUCAGUUAUCUUUAGAACACCACGUUCAGCCAAGGCAAACCAGACAGGUCAGAACUUCCAGCAACCAGCAUUAACCCAUGGACAGGACCAGCUGAGCAGCAGCUGCCACUGGCUGUGCUCUGCUGCUCAGUUCCCUACAGCACUGUCAUUCAAUUGUCACUCUCUGGCACAGAAUCCAGUGGGAUUCUUCCUCACUCCAAGCAUGUCCUAAAAACAUUCUGAAAUGUGAGCACACAAUCUCAGCACCACGUGGAGAAACACUGGCUUUGUAUCACAAACUCCCACAUUAGCAAUGCCAGCAGCUGCCCAGCUCAGCCAGGGUAACUGCCUUGGUUCUUCUGUCCCUACAAAACCAAAUUUCUUUCACUUUCAUCAGAAGGCUUAACAUUAGCUUUGGGUUCAACAGUGGGCUCUGAAGAGACAUGAAACAACAGGUGUUAAUAGCAACUUUAUUGUUUCACCGGUGCAAAAUCAUGAUACUGAAUAAACUUGUGUAAUGCAUUUUCCCCUAAAUUUACAGUAAUGAAGGUUAUACAUAUC